UCAUGAGUACAAUCACAUGCAAUUAAUAUUCCUUCACCAUAUUUAAACAAACCUUUGAGCCUAUCGAGCCACUUUAGACCAAGAGAGACAGUAGACACUGAUGAACGGUGGCCCUCUAAGAUCAAGAUCACGAUUUACAGAAGCAGAGAAAACCUGUAUACAAACUUAGUCGAUCUAAACAUGAUCGUUUAGGAAUUAACCUCUCAGUAAUCGCGGUUACACCUUAUUAAUUAAAAUCUAUUUCAGAAUUCCUGUCUAAGCAGCCCUUGCCCGAGUCACGCGGAAUGUCAAACAGGGUUUGGUGAACGAGGAUACCGAUGUGUUUGUUUUCAAGGUUACUAUGGAAAUAAAUGUCAAUUAGGUAUUAAUGACUGUUCUGAGGCUCCUAAGACAACUGGGAUUUACACAGUUUUUAAUCACGGUUUUCAGCCAUUUCCUGUCUACUGUGAUCAGUUAACUGACGGGGGAGGUAUCUUAUAUGUUUUAUUGUUAACUCCUAAUAAUUGCGCUUUCAGUUCCCUGAUUAGCCUCAUUAAUCGCAAUCAUUAAAAGCAUUUGACAAGGUAGUAUUCGAUCAGAAGAAGAAAGUUAAACCACAAUCGAUUUCGGUAUCAUCGGAAUUCACUUUUCAGCACUACAUGUACAUCAUAUAUUUACAUCAAUCUUAACAGCAAUUUAAUCCAGAAAAUUUUAUUUUAUACUUCAUGCUACUUGAGUAGGUCAUACGAAAUCCAUCCGAUUCCCAUGAUUGUCAUAAGGGGGGUCUCACGUUACGAGUGGAUGUGGUUUCGUCAUCGAUGCAUCCAACAUCCUUGUGUAAUACGGGCUAUACACAGCCAAUUUCCUCUUCUUUAAGGUAAAUAUUUAUUUGCGUAUGCUAUUUUUUCCUGUUGUUAAGGUUGGACAAUGAUAUUCAAAGUUGUUGGAGGAGUAACUUCACACCUUAUUGACCAGUUGUGGUCUUCAUCCGACACUCUGACUGAAGACAUUGACGCAGCACUAGACACAACUUCAGCCCAGCAAGGACACUACAAAAACCGCUUUGUACAAAACUGGCAAACUUUUAACCCUCAAGAAGCCAAGGUUGUGCUGUACAGUGGUGGAACGGAAGUCGCCUCUCUCAAGUUCAACGCUGUAGGGACAGACAAAUUGAGCUGGUUUUCACAAGAAAAGCUUGUUCAAUCACCAUGGACGGAUUUAAAAACUGCAACAAACUUACAGGCCUUUAGCAUCAAUGGUGCUGACCGUAUCUUUGAGAUCAGCGGCCGUUACACAGGGUGUUCGACAGACUAUGGUUGGUUUUUGAUCCCGAAAGGCAACUGCCCUUGGGAAACUCGUCUUCCUCAAGCUAGUAUUUUAUCAGUACAGCAAACUGGAUACCUUUGUCAACUGGAAUCAAUAUGGUAUGAAAAAGGUUCGCAACGUUGAAUACAAAAGGAAAGAUACAAUCGACUGAAAAAGUUCUAGAUAAUUAUUUCCGAGCAUCAGUACGUGCUUUGUCGAAGUACGUACAAGAUGCCAACCAUGCGAAACAUGAUGAGAUUCCAUGCUGCUAUAAAAGAAGUACUGAUCAGACUUUUAACUCAUUGGACCGGUCUUUUUAUCUUCCAUGACUCCUUCCGUUAAUUCAAAAUAUUUUUGUUCAACGUUAAAGAAACUUGAAGGGUAUGGGUAUUGGUCAAAUUAUAGUAAGUCCAGAACUUAAAUUUCUUUUGAGGUGAGCAAUAUACGACUAUGGCGUUCUAUCACUCGAUAAUUACGUCACGAAUAAAAACAACAGCCAUGCUGGAUCCGUCAUCUUGGAUUUCUUGAUCUUUUCCAAACGUCAGAAAGGAAAAAUGAAGAAAAAAAAUUAGGCAAAAUCAAUAAUACAAUACUUUAAUGUCCUAAAAAUGUAAAAAUUACUUCGUGAACGUUAUUUUCUAAAAGCCAAAAAUUCAAGACCUAAGGAAACAUUUCUCAGGUCAUGCAUCAAUUUCACUCUGUAAGUCUAGCAUCAACUUCCGAGUACAAUGAAAUAUAACGUCAAAUUGGUCUUCGUCUAUGGUAAUAUUUUGAUAUAAUGUCGCAAAGUCUAGCAGCUUUCUAUUGAAUACUGUAAAAAGUUGUCAGCGGUUAAAGUUGACCCAGGUACCUGACUUCUGUCAGUGAAAAGAGCUAAUAUGAAAAAUAGCUAAGAUAAUUUUACUUUUUCUUCCUUUUCUAGCUGAUGUUGGAGUUGCAGAAGUAAUGGUAGUAUACAUUCGCUGAUGGUUUGUUUACACGUAAACAUUCUAGCAAUAAUGGCAAAAUUAAAGUUACCAAAAAAACCUCAUAGCAUGGUAAUGUUUUGAAUAAAAGUAAGAAAAACGCAUCGAGAAUUAAGCUCUCAAGCUGACCCUGCGAGAGAAAACUGAACGUGAGGUUUUCCAUAUUUCAAUUAGAAUAGAAGUUUUGCGUUAGUUGAAAACACAACAAAACACGCAUUAAGCACACUUACAAGGUUUGACAUUAACCUUCUGGAGGAUGCUUGGGAAUUUAAUCCCGAGAAAUUAAUUAAAGUGAGAUUUCUAAAUAGUAUUCAAAAAGCUACCGUGCUGUAAGUAGAUUUUUAGUAUUUUUAUAUUUUUGCACUUAUUGCUCAUUUGGCCGCGC